AUGACUUUCGGAACACUGCCUCCCUUUGCUGAGCUGCAUACAGGGCUGAAUGCUCACUCACUGCUGGACCUUUACGAAGACUUGGAUGCAGACACGGCAGGCUAUCUGGCUCGAGUGAUGUUGGAUGGCAUACGACAGUUCAGGUCGGAGCAUGGUGCACUGGAGGAAGUGAGUCUGGUACGGGCAUACCUAACGUACCUUACCAGGACGUGUGAACUCACGAUUCAACAAUGCCCGGAGGCUGAGCUGUCUGCGAACCACACCAGAACAGUGAUCGACAUACAGACCAAUUUGUUGUGGUGCAUGCGCCUGCGAGUUUGGUUCCUUAGAGCUGAUCAUCUGCUGGGUAAUGGGGUCAUGCGUGACCUUACACGACCAGGCCGCUGA